AUGACGGAAAAUACAAGUAAUAAGCAUCCUGAAAAGAUCAGCAAAAAAAAUAAGGGAGGCCAUAAUCGUCCCUCUCCGGAGGAAAUUGGCGAGAUCCGAAGGCAGAGACAAGAGAAGAAGAAGCUAAGAGAGAAAUUGAUUGCCGAGGGAAGAGAUGUUGAUGAUCCGAGUGGAAAACCACUCUAUAUAAAACGAGAAAUGUUAGAGGUGUCACAUGAGAAGUUUCUUUCGAUAGAAAAAGGUCUAAGAUUGAGGUUCAUGACUUACAAUCUACUCGCACAGACGCUGAUUCGACGCAGUAUGUUUCCAGACAACGGACCUAUUUUGAAAUGGACAAAUAGAUCCAAGCCACUUUUCCAGGAGGUGAAAAACUAUAACUGUGACAUUAUGUGUAUGCAAGAGAUGGACUACACAAAUUACGACAACUUUUGGAAACCGAAAUUGUCUGAUUUAGGCUACCACAGUCGAUUCAACCGAUCAGGAACGAAGAGUCACGGCGUGGCUAUAUUUUAUAGGGACUCACUUUUCACUUUUAUUGACAUUUGUCGUAUAGAUUAUGAUUCUGAAAGGACAGGUGCUAUCAGUCCAAGAACCAUCACACAGAAUGUUGGAUUAAUUGUUGGCUUGUCUUUGAAGAGCGAUCCUGAUAAGGUCAUUCUCUUUGGCACAACACAUCUUUUCUGGCAUCCAUUUGGAACAUAUGAAAGAACUAGACAAACAUACAUUGCACUGGCAAAAUGCAGAGAGUUUCAGAAUAGAAUUAGAAUUCUUCAUCCCAAAGUCAAUAAGAUAUGGAAGUUCUUUGCUGGCGAUUUCAACUCUCAACCCUACGACUCUCCUUACUUGUCAAUUACUUCAAAGCCAGUUCAGUAUAACAGCAGAUGCAAGACGGUAAUUUCUUGUAGCACUUCUUUUCAGUUUUCCAGUCUUAGAGGAGGAGGUGUUGCACAUGAGGAAGAGAAAGGUGGUAACGUAGAAAAGUAUGGAGAAAACCAGCCCAAAGAUCCUGUUCCAGAUACAUUCAUUCCAACGGCAGACCAAUUAGAGCUGGUUGAGGAGAUGCAAAAGCUUCACAAUUCGCUUCCUGUUAGGGCUAUUUCCAUGUAUUCUGUUGGAUACAAACUGGUGGACCCUGUAAAUGCAGGUAUUGAUAAUGAUAGAAAUGAGCCGUUCUUCUCUAAUUGGGCUCAUACUUGGAGAGGACUACUAGACUACAUUUUCCUUGUUAAAGAGUGGAAUGGUAACGAUAAUUGCAAGGAUAUAGAUCAACUUGAACAAUUCGAAACGGACAACGACCUUGUCCUUGAAAAGCUAUUGAAGAUGCCACACCCAAAGGAUAUGGAUAAAGGGCUACCUAGACAACAUCAAUAUCCAAGUGAUCAUCUUUGCAUGAUAGCUCAAAUUUCAUUAAAACUUCUAUAG